ACGGCUGUGAUGGCGUGUGGAGAAUGAACCCGGAAUCACGCAGAGGCGGGGGCCACGAGGGUCAAAAAAAAAAAAAAGGAAGAUGCUUUGGAAUAUACCUUAUGACCGCGCAACCGCAUAAUGGUUUAAUUUUCUCCAUUACUUUCCCUCCUCUUUCUUCUUCUAUCUUUUGUUUUCUCCCUCAAUCUGUCCACACCCAAAUUAUUACGCCCUGUUCGUCUUUCAUCCAUCUUCCACCCCUUUUAAACCCUAUCCGCAUUCGCCAUCACAGUCCCAAUUACAAUCACUAUCACUCCCUUAAUCUUUCUCUUUUUCUUCUUCCACUCUCUUACGCAAACGCAAACGCCUUUUCUUUCUCUUUUACUUUCCUCAAACCAAUUUCAAAAAAUUAAAAUGAGCAGUGCCAUAUCUGAAGUUGAACAGGAAGAGUUGCUUGAAAAAUUGGAGGUUUUCAAAUUCAAAGGCAGGGAUAAGCAUGGCCGCAAGAUCCUUCGCAUUAUCGGCAAAUUCUUCCCUUCGCGGUUCGUUACCGUUGAGGUUCUGAAGAAGUACCUGGAGGAGAGAGUUUUCCCCAAGCUUGGGAAGAGGAAAUUCGCGGUGUUGUACGUGCACACCGGCGUUCAGAGGAGCGAGAAUUUUCCUGGAAUCUCUUCACUGCGAUCGAUCUACGACGCGAUUCCGGCGAACGUGAAGGAGAAUCUCGAAGCCGUGUAUUUUAUCCACCCUGGCUUACAGUCACGCCUUUUUCUCGCAACCUUCGGUCGCUUCCUCUUCAACGCUGGGUUGUAUGGGAAGCUGAGGUACGUGAGCAGGGUUGAUUAUUUGUGGGAGAAUGUUAGGAGGAACGAGGUGGAGAUUCCGGAGUUUGUGUUUGAUCACGACGAGGAUUUGGAGUACCGUCCGAUGAUGGAUUACGGGUUGGAGAGUGAUCAUGCAAGGGUGUACGGUGGAGCUCCUGCUCUUGAUUCGCCCGUCACCACUUAUUCCAUGAGGUGCAUCUCAUAGGAUUCCUUUCCUCGAUUCAUUAAUUCUCUGCGCCUGUUGUUUUGUACUAUAGGUGGCUGCCUUUGUCGUCGCUCGUGGACUGGGCCUCCCUGGUAGUUAUCCGGGCCCAUACUGUGGGAAGGUUGAUAUUGUGCAGAAACAAAAAAAAAAAGGAAAAAGAAUAGUUUUUUUUUU